UAACAAAAAUCGCUUUCACUAGAUUUGGGGCACCUGGCGAUCCGUAGUGACGUCAUCUUCUGGCUAUAGUCAGUGGGUUAAGAUGGCUACGGAACCAAAUAAGACUGAAAUCCUCACAAUUUUUAAAAGAUUACGCUCUAUUCCUACCAACAAGGUAUGCUUUGACUGUGCCGCAAAAAAUCCCAGCUGGGCAAGUAUUUCAUAUGGCGUGUUCUUGUGCAUCGACUGCUCUGGAAUCCACCGCUCUCUGGGAGUACACCUCAGCUUCAUUAGAUCUACGGAGUUAGACUCCAACUGGAACUGGUUUCAGCUCAGAUGUAUGCAAGUUGGAGGCAAUGCCAAUGCAACGGCUUUUUUCCGCCAACAUGGCUGCUCCACUAAUGACACCAAUGCUAAGUAUAAUAGCCGCGCAGCCCAGAUGUACAGGGAGAAGAUUCGGCAGCAAGCAAACGUUGCAUUGUCUAAAUAUGGCACCGAUCUAUGGAUCGACUCUUCUGCAGGAAGCACCCCCUCAGUUUCUGAGAAGAAAGACGCAGACUUUUUUGCUGAGCAUACACUGCUUGCUAACGAGUGGAGCGUGGUGUUGCCUUCUGAGCCACAACAGAAUGGAGCCACUGUCACACCACAGCUGACGGAUGUAACUCCCAAAAUCCAGGAUGACAGCCAGCCAGAGGACGGACCCAGCAUCGAUGGUCUUAGCACAUCACCCAAAGCCUCCAUUGAGGACUCCAUGCGUUUAUCAUCACAGGAGGGACAGACCCCCAGAGAUGUGAAAUCUUCUAUCAUUGGAAAAAAGAAGCCCAUGGCUGCAAAAAAAGGGCUUGGAGCAAAGAAAGGUCUUGGUGCCCAGAAGGUGAGCAGCAAAAGUUUCUCUGAGGUGGAGAAACAGGCGCAAGUGGCUGAGAAGCAAAGAGAGGAGCAGGUUGCUGAGGCAAAGAAACACGCUGAAGAGUCUAUUGUUGCCUCUAUGCGUUUAGCUUACAAAGAACUGGAGAUUGACAGGAAGUUGGAAGAAAAGAAACUAAAGAACCUGGAGGGCAAGAAGAGAGAGCAGGCUGAGAGGUUGGGCAUGGGCUUUGGAAACAGGAGUACCAUUUCUCACUCGGUGAUGUCAGAGAUGCAGCUGAUCGAGCAGGAAAGCCCUGUGGGAGCAAAGUCCUCGAAUCGCUCUAAACUAGACAUGUUUGAUGAGCCAGGUUUCACCUCUGGACCUCCAAAGUACAAGGACAACCCGUUUACAGUGGGAGACAGCUUUGGGUCUCGGUGGGAUACUGAUGGAGGAACUGCCUCCUUUACUGCUUCCUGGACUCUGGAGAAAGAGGACCCCAAAGAGGAGAUCACCAUCUCUAGUAUUCAGCCAACUGGAGAGAGGAUCCCCAGCAGACGAAAAGCUGAGGCAUCAACUCCAGCAUCUGAGUCCAGUGAGGCCAGGCAGAAAUUCGCUAAUGCAAAGGCGAUCUCCUCUGACAUGUUCUUUGGUCGGGAGAGCAGCGCAGAGUAUGAAGCCAAGACGAGACUGGAGAGCAUGUCUGGAAGCACCUCCAUCAGCUCAGCCGAUCUGUUUGGAGACGGCAGUGACCACAAAGGGAGGCCAUCAGGCUUUGACAGUGUGCUCCCCUCUGGCCCAGACAUCGCACAGUUCAAGCAGGGAGUGAAGACUGUAGCAGGCAAGAUGGCUGUCCUCGCUAAUGGCGUCAUGAAUACGAUCCAGGACCGCUACGGCUCGUACUGAGCAGCCUGAAGAGACUAGGACUAGCCCAUGGGAUGACUUUGUAACUAACGCCUGUGUAGAGUCAACCAACGUCCUGACUGACACAUGCAUCUGAUGAGAAGGGACAAGGAAAAGACAGGAGGCAGAAGGCUUGCAUGAGGAUGUCCCUCUCACACACCCCUCCUUUUGGAGACAGUUUUACAGGAGUGAAAUGUUUUUCUCUUCUCAUUAGCAGACUCUUGAGUUUUAUUUUCCUAAAACAAACCAUCUUUUUUUAAAUCAAGAGUUGUCUUGUAAUUACUGUCAAGAAUUCUUUGGUCUUAGAUUUUCAAAGUGAUGUCAGAGUUAAUUAUAUUACUAUAUUUUAUUCCUUAUACAUAAGUCAAAAUGUUGCUUUUUAGUUAUAACUUCUUGCUUUUUGUUCUGUUUUUGGGGCAAUAUUAAAAAAAGGUGCAGUAAAUAUAUUUUCAACUUUUACCGUUAAUUUGAACAAGAAUCCUCAAUGGUUUGCAUUCAGUGUUUGAUUUACUGCCGCUCACUUACAGUUGAAUUUUUUCCAUACACAGAAAACUAUCUUGACAAUUUGUGAGUUUGGAUUUGUGCACAUCUGUCUGGAUGAAAGUGUAUAAAAGAAAUUAUGGUGCAUCAAGUAUUUUAUGUCCAAGCUGCUAUGUUUUGAGUCUUGGAGCAAACACAGGGAACACAAUUGUCUCAGUGUCACAAAAGUGAGAAUAAAGCCCAUCAAACUCACUGUAGUUGUACAUAAUAAGAUGCUAUACAAGCAAAAAGAAUCAUUGAAAGUAGCCAGUCUUAACACACAUGUUAAAUCCCAACUCAUCAAAGUGACAUGCUGCUGUUAAGUCUUUGUGGAAGUCUGACUAUUGUUUCUGCUGGUUGAAUGUGGAGUCUGCCUGAAAACACAAGUUUUGUUGGUGCUGCAUCUUUCCCACCCAGUAGUUUCACCUUUCUGUCUUCAGUUUACAUAUAAAUUUAGCUUCACAUACUUGGAACACUUCAUAACAGUUGUGCCACUAGCUUGCGAUGACUCAAGGACUUUUCAGUAUUCCCCCAACAGCAUUUACCUGCAAAAUUCCAGCGAAGGCAACAUGCUAAAUGUGAUGGAAACAUGAGUACUGUGGUGUGACUGCUCAUCAGAUAACCUCUCUAUCAGAUGUCUGAUGACCUGGCAGACUUAACAUUCAACAAUUUAUUUGAAGGUGUGACAGAUUCUCUGAGAUUGGAUGCAAUAUGUCCUAGAGCGACCAUGUCUGUGUAUGUUCCAACCAUCAAACCUUCCAGAAACUAGCAAAUAUGGACUGAAAGGAUGAAACCUUUAUUUAUUUGUAGGCUACGAAAAAGAAACCUAUUCAGUGUGUUAAUAAAGAUUGAAAACCCUU